AUGUUGUUGGUGAUGGUAAGAAGUUCUACGAUUUCCCCGAAAAGCCUGAGACUUUAUUGUUCCGGUCACAUAAUCGACUCUCUUAGGCAUUCAAUUUCUCGCUGGAAUUCUCCUUCCGGCUAUUGUUCUAAUUAUUACUUCAGUAAGAGAAAACAUAAGCGACACUUCACGUCCUCUGUUUUGUCUCCGGUUACUCCUAUUGUCCAUAACCUGUUCGACGAAUUGCCUGAGAGAGAGAAUAGGACUAUGGAGUCGAGCUUUAUGUUCUUACGAGAUGUACUUAGAUCCUUUAUGAUGAGAACAGAGACAGAGACUCCGAGGAGUGUCCAUUGUUUCGCUCUGAAGUGUGGUUUACUCCAAGAUUUAGCUACAUCUUCGAAGCUUCUGACGUUUUACGGUAGAACCGGGGAGUUAGUAUCUUCUUCGUGUCUGUUUGAUGAAUUGAAAGAGAAAGAUGUGAUUGUUUGGAACAGUAUGAUCACUGCUUUGAAUCAAAAUGGUCGUUACAUUGCAGCUGUUGGAUUGUUUAUUGAGAUGAUUCAUAAAGGAAAUGAGUUUGAUUCAACCACGCUUUUACUUGCAGCUUCUGCGUUAUCUAGUCUACAUCUUUCGAGAAAAUGUUCAAUGCUUCAUUGUUUAGCAAUAGAGACUGGUUUGGUUGGGGAUUCUAGUUUGUGCAAUGCAUUGAUGAAUCUAUAUGCAAAAGGCGAGAACUUGAGCUCCGCAGAGUGUGUGUUCACGCAUAUGGAGCAUCGAGACAUUGUUUCUUGGAACACGAUCAUGACUAAAUGUCUUGCAAAUGGUCAUCCCAGGAAAUCGUUGCAAUAUUUCAAGUCGAUGACUGGUUCAGGACAAGAAGCUGAUACUGUGACUUUUUCAUGCGUUAUCUCAGCUUGCUCUUCUAUUGAAGAACUUACUUUGGGUGAAUCACUCCACGGGUUGGUUAUAAAAUCAGGUUAUAGUCCAGAAGCUCAUGUCUCUGUGGGCAACUCGAUCAUUUCGAUGUACUCAAAAUGCGGGGACACGGAGGCUGCGGAAACUGUGUUUGAAGAAUUAGUGUGCAGGGAUGUUAUUUCUUCGAACGCAAUCCUUAAUGGGUUUGCUGCAAAUGGAAUGUUUGAAGAAGCAUUUGGUAUUUUGAACCAAAUGCAAUCGGUGGAUAAGAUUCAGCCUGAUAUCGCCACUGUGGUUUCAAUAACUUCCAUAUGUGGUGAUUUAAGUUUUUCACGAGAGGGAAGAGCAGUUCAUGGUUAUACGGUUCGCAUGGAGAUGCAAUCCAGAGCAUUAGAGGUAAUAAACAGCGUUAUUGAUAUGUAUGGUAAAUGUGGCUUAACAACUCAGGCUGAGUUGUUGUUCAAGACAACAACACAUCGAGACUUGGUUUCGUGGAACUCGAUGAUAUCUGCUUUCUCGCAAAACGGCUUUACGCACAAAGCUAAGAAUCUGUUCAAGGAAGUUGUCAGUGAGUAUUCUUGUUCAAAGUUUAGCUUGUCAACUGUCUUGGCAAUUCUUACGUCUUGUGAUUCCUCUGACUCUCUCAUCUUUGGCAAAUCAGUCCACUGUUGGCUGCAAAAGCUAGGGUUUGGGGAUAAUAUGCUUUCAGCUAAUUCAGUUAUAAACAUGUACAUCGGUUGCAGGGACCUAACUUCAGCAUUCCUGCGGUUAGAGACGAUGUCCGAAACAAGAGAUCUCACAUCUUGGAACUCUGUAAUCUCUGGCUGCGCAUCAAGUGGUCACCAUUUAGAAUCAUUGAGAGCGUUUCAAGCAAUGAGUCGUGAAGGGAAAAUUCGUCAUGACUUGAUUACUCUCCUGGGUACUAUUUCAGCUAGUGGAAACCUCGGACUGGUCUUACAAGGAAGGUGCUUUCAUGGUCUAGCUAUUAAAAGUCUAAGAGAACUUGACACCCAACUGCAGAAUACAUUGAUCACCAUGUAUGGUAGAUGUAAAGACAUUGAGAGUGCAGUGAAGGUUUUUGGCUUAAUCUCUGACCCUAACUUGUGUUCUUGGAACUGUGUGAUAUCAGCUUUGUCUCAGAACAAAGCUGGACGAGAAGUGUUUCAACUCUUCAGAAACCUCAAGUUAGAGCCAAACGAGAUCACAUUUGUUGGUCUUCUGUCUGCGUCGACUCAGCUUGGGUCAACGAGCUAUGGUAUGCAGGCACAUUGUCAUCUCAUUCGUCGUGGGUUUCAAGCUAACCCUUUUGUCAGUGCAGCACUUGUGGACAUGUACAGUAGCUGCGGGAUGCUAGAAACUGGCAUGAAGGUGUUUAGAAACUCGGGGGUGAAUUCAAUUUCUGCUUGGAACUCCGUUAUCUCUGCACAUGGAUUCCAUGGAAUGGGAGAGAAGGCAAUGGAGCUAUUCAAGGAACUGAGUAGUAACUCAGAGAUGGAACCAAACAAGAGCAGUUUCAUAAGCCUGUUGUCAGCUUGCAGCCACUCUGGGUUUAUUGAUGAAGGUCUAAGUUAUUACAAGCAAAUGGAGGAAAAAUUUGGGGUUAAACCAGUUACUGAGCAUCGGGUUUGGAUUGUUGACAUGCUUGGCCGGGCAGGGAAACUGAGAGAAGCUUAUGAGUUCAUCACAGGGAUUGGUGAGCCACAAAAAGCAGGUGUAUGGGGAGCGUUGUUGAGCGCUUGCAACUAUCAUGGGGAUACAAAGUUGGGAAAAGAAGUUGCAGAAGUUUUGUUUGAAAUGGAACCAGACAAUGCAUCUUAUUACAUCUCGUUGGCAAAUACUUAUGUUGGAUUGGGAGGUUGGGAAGAAGCUGUAAGACUACGGAAGAUGGUGGAGGAUAAUGCCUUGAAAAAGCUUCCUGGUUACAGUGUUAUUGACGUUAGGUGUUUAGAUACUGUUUCUUGA